AUGUUUUGGAUUAUCCUGACCAAAGUAGUGAGGAAGAGGUUCGGGGGCAAAUGUUAUUCUCCAUGUCAAACUGCCCCCCCCCCCCAGGCGUAUCCAGCUGGUGGGGGGGGUGGUGGUGGUGGUGGGGUUGGUGACGGAGGCUCCGGGCUCCGGGUCCACGCGGUGCGCUUCGGCCCGGGCCAAGAGCUGCUGGGGGGGCUGCAGGCCUUCGUGGAGGAGAGGGGUCUCCGCGCCCCCUUCGUCCUCACCUGCGUGGGCAGCGUAACCAAGGCAACGCUGCGGCUGGCCAACGCCAGCGCCGAGAAUACCAAUGAGGUGCUCCAGCUGAACGAGCGCUUCGAGAUCGUCUCCCUGGUGGGCACCCUGAACACCCCCGCCCACCUGCACGUGUGCCUGGCCGACCGGGCGGGCCGCACGGUGGGGGGCCACGUGCUGGGGGGCCUGGAGGUGUUCACCACGGCCGAGGUGGUGCUGGGGGAGGCCCCCGGGCUCCUCUUCGACCGCCAGAUGGACCCCGCCACCGGCUUCCCCGAGCUGGUGGUCCGGCCCGGCCACGGGGGGGGCUGCCCCGGCGGGGUGGAGGGUUAGGGGGGGGGGCGGCGGCCUCCUGCCGGGGGCCAAGAGCAAGGCGCUGGUCUAACGUCGCCCGCUCCCAGAAUGCACCUCUGCCAAGCCGACGAUUGAGUCUGAAUGUGUUGAAGGAGACGCUUCUGGUUCCAGCUGAUCGAUGGAGUGUUUAAGGGCCGCCCGUAGCCCGUAGCCCUUAGCCCGUAGCCCUUAGCCCGUAGCCCUUAGCCCGUAGCCCUUAGCCCGUAGCCCUUAGCCCGUAGCCCUUAGCCCGUAGCCCUUAGCGUCAGCCUCUGUUGGUGCCUCAGAGAGACGGGAUGUCGUCUUUGUGGAGAGAGAGGUCAAGAGGCACCGAGACACAGAAAGCGGCUCAUUGAAACGUUGGCGCUGUACGUACGGUCGUUCAAUAAACCAUUCAUACCGUCA